AUGGACAACAAAAGCGGUGAGAGCUUUGGAAGUGAUUCUCAACCUCUGGUCGGCGUAUCUCUGGGCUCUGUUGUGCAGAAAGCGAAUGAGCUAGCCUGCAUCCUGCAGACAUGCAAACACAGCCUUGAAAACCAACCAUCUCCAAGCAGUUGGGGGCGUGCCUCAGCUUGGCUGCCAACUGAGAGGUCUGAAUCAACCAUAUCUAGACCCACCACGAUUGAGGCAAAACCUCGGCACACAACUAUCAUCUCCAACGAUGCUUUGCUGGAGCAGUGGCAUCAGCUUACCUCCUACAUUGUCUCACUGGAGAAGGAGGUCCAGUGCUAUAAGCAGCUAAUUGAGGAGUGUCAGCAAGCACAGACUGUUCACACUAACGGGAACUCUGACACACAUUUAGUACUGCACCCGGAGAAUAGUGAAGAGGAGACCGCCAGUAAAACAAGAGCAAGGAAGCAAUCUAGUGUGCCAGACCAGCAGUACUGGGACAAGCUAAUAGAAGAGGACAGAAUGAGCCAGGCGUUACUGCUGGUGUGUCACCACCUCUCUACGCAAGAGCUAUGUGCGGUAUCAAGGGUCUGCAAGAGAUGGCAUACAAUCAUCAAGCACCCGCAACUAUGGAAACAUGUGACCUUUGCCGAGACUGUUUUGUAUCCACAGGUACUUUUGAGACUCUCAAAGAUGUGUGCAGGCACAGAGAAACUAACUCUACAUGGUCUGAUGCCUUCCAUGACUGAACAAGAUGAGAAUUUAUCCUCUUACAUCCAUCGUACUAGAGGCAGCUUGGAAGAAGCAAUAGAGGCCAUCUUGAUAAACUCUAGUAAAGGAAUAGUCUCAACUUCCUUCACUGAGUGCAAUCUUAUGAUUACAGACAGGAUACUGUGGCUGAUGAGUGUCUACUGCCCCAACCUGAAGUACCUCAGCUACUCUAGUGACGAAUUUCCACCGAGUGCAGAAGCUCUUUGGUCAUUAACGAAUGGCUGCAAGCACCUCCAACAUCUUCACCUCCUUCCAGUCCUUGGCAGUCCCAAUCAGGCGUGCUUUAACGACAAUGCCCUCCGAGUGAUUGCCGUUGGUUGGUCUAACUUGGUUAGUCUCACAGUCGGUGGAAAGUCAUUCUCUGCCGAGGGACUAGCUGAAAUAGCUCAUGGGUGCCCCAGUUUGUGUUUUCUCGAGAUCAUUCAUGGAGAAGGCAUCGAUAAAAGAGUUGCUGAGCUUCUCUGUCAGGACAACGGCUUCUCUUCCCUCACAUCCUUUGUCCUGAACUUCACCCCCUCCACACACAUUGCUCUCAAUCACCUGCUGGGGUCUUGUAAGCAGCUACAGAGACUGGACCUUCAUGUCACAUUGAACAGCUACUUCACUCAUGCAGAAGCAAACAAUCCAGAGAAUAUCAGCGCUUACGAGCAAAUAAUUAGGAAUCUCAAGAAAUUGGAGAAACAAGCAAGAGGCAGAAAUGUAUUUCAUCUUUUUGAACAUUAACAAUUAGAUGACUGAACUAAAACAAAUUAAUAUGAUCUCUGUGUGAAUUCUUGUAAUAAUUUUUUAACUAAUGUCAUGUAUAAUCAGC